UAACGUCGGUAACUAUAAACUAGUCCGAACGCGGCGUCCAGUAAGAACGCACGUCGUUUUGUUGCGUUCCAAGUUUUCAUCAACAAUGCCUGUGUGGUCGAAAGAUAUGAUAAAAUUAAUCGGGCUGAUUAGAGAAAGGAGAUUUUUGUAUGACGUGACACACAAACAUUACAAAUGCCACCGUUUGAUGAGAAUCGAGGCAUGGAAGGAAAUCACUCAUGAAAUGGGCUCCGGCAGUGUGAAGCUUUGGAGGACAAAGUGGAAGGGUUUAAAGGACAACUACGCGAAGCACAAGAAAGCGAACCCUCCUUACAACGAUAUCCUUUACAAGAAGUACAAAUACUGGCUCUGGGCUAAAUACAUGACGUUCCUAGACCAAUGCAGAGGUGAAGGCCGUGAAGGCGGUGAAGGCAAUAGAAACCAAACGCGCAUUUUUAUUUACACAAACGAAGACCAAGAUACAAUGCAAGAUAACGCUGAACUCCCGGACGCCGAUGACGCAAAUUCUUCAUUAGAAGACCAAAGCGAACAAGAAACUGACAUGCUAGAGAAUAUGGACGACUCCACCGAAGUUGCAGAGACUGACAUGGUAUACAAUAAACGAAAAAGUCAACAUAUGAACGACUCAAUCGAAGCUGCAGAAACUUCGAAAAGAAAAAAAAGUGAUGACAAAGACGAAAUAGAUGGUGUAGAUCAUUUUUUCUUAAGCUAUGCUCAAUCUUUCAAACAGUUACCGACUAGGAUGCAAAUAAUGCUAAAACUAGAGAUCGCCACUUUAUUCUCUAGGUACGAACAGCUAGCGGAGGACGCUGCCACACAGUCUAAGCUAAUUCCAGUUAAAUCUGAAUUUGAAUUUACUUACACAGAAGGAGAAUAGUGUAGAAAGAUUUACUUAUUUUGUCCUGAUGGACCAACGUUACUAAAUGGUGUUAAUAUUGUCGAAAAAAUACGUAUCAAUUAACCUUCACAAUAUUUUAAUGUGAAAUUAAAGAAAUGGUACCUACCUAUAGUUUCUUUGCUUUUUUGUUUUACGAUUUUAAGUAUUAAAUUGUUGCCUCUCUGACUGACAAGCAUUCGUAUGAAAUGUAAUACUUACUCUUUCCACAAGUUUAUACAUCAGAAUGGUGUAACAAAUUGUAUCAUUAGGUAUGUAACGUAAUGUUUUAUUGGAACUCUUGUCUUUCCGAGCAUCGGAAUAUAAGGGGUAAUUAAAAUAAGUAGGCAAAAACUCUUAUCAAUUGUAUAUUUGAUAUCAAAUCUUAUUACAAUAACACAGCUUAACAAAAAUUAUUACAUUAAGUUAACGGCUCCACCCGUGUUGAACGCUGACGUUCUCAAUAUGUGAAAAUAGCCCUACGAUGUAAUAAAUAUUACUUAAUGUCAUGUACGUGCUUCGUGCGCGGUACUUUAUUAUUAUAAAAAAAACUUAAACAAUAUGGAAAUUGGUGAGAACAUGAAUUUUUAAGUUGCUUUUACAUUUGGAACAUUAUGCGCUAUUCUCAUCGGUUGUAAUAUCAUAAUUCAGUUCCUGCAUCGUUUCGAAUAAAAGUAAGCAUAAAAUAAAUAAUCAACGAUACAGAAAAAUAUGAGUCACGAAAUCGAAAAAAACUUAUCGUCUGACCAAUUUCAAUAUUGUCUAGUUUGCUAAUUUUACUGUGUCAUAAAACGCUUCUGUCAUUUAGCGUAAAAUGUGUUCUAAAUCAAAGUUGUAACAUUUGUGUAUCUACAAGUACAUAAAAGUUCAUUAAAACAACAUCUGACUGGGAUUGCGUUGUUUUCUUUGAAUCUCUUACUCCACCAUUGAAUAUGAUACAAAAAUUGCCAUCCAUUGAUAUUUGGACAAUGUAUUAAAAUCCUUUCUACUUGACAAAUAUGGUUCGUUGAAGGAACAGCGUACACCUCGAUAUCAAACAAAAAUUAAAUCGAAGGCAGAAAAAAAUGUCUUUCAUACUAGCAUAAGCUGAAAGUCAUUGAAGAAUUACAUAUUCCAAACUCAAACAAUCGAUUAAUCUCACAAUCGGGAUCCCAUACUCUAAAGAGGUGGACGUUGUCUUCAAAAUACAAUGAAACAUUCAAAAGUUAAGAAACUAACUUCUAACACAUACGCUAACAUAUAAAACACACCAGUUUUUGUAAAAACUAACUUUAAACAUUCAUUUCACAUCAAUCCAGUAAGACGUCAGAGUCUAGGAAUCAAACAUUUAUUUAUUUAUAUUACACAUCGAUAUUGUCUUUUUAAUACAAUCCCUACUUGGACGUCUCUUUGAUUUCAUCUAGCUAUGACAUUUGGUGGUUUCCAUUUAGAGAUGCACACACUACUAAGUAGACUAGACCACCGGGAAAUAUUCUUCUCUCAACCCGACCGUUAGGAU